GGGCUGCCCCCCUGCUGCGUGGCUCUGCUGGCGGCCUGCUGCGUGGCGCGCCGGGCCCCCGCAGGUAAUGAUGCAUUUACCAUUCGCCAUGAAAAAACCAGCAAGUGCCUACAAAUUAAAGACUCAUGGAUUGUAGUAGCAGAUUGCAAGGAGACAAAGGAGACCUUGUGGAAAUGGGUCUCUCAAAAUCGCCUUUUCCAUUUGGGAUCUCAAAAGUGCCUUGGAUUAAAUAUAGCCAAACCAGAAUUGCCUUUGAAAAUGGUUAAUUGUGAUUCCCAAUUUAUGCUAUGGUGGCGAUGUGUUGAUGCUUCCAUAUAUGGUGCAUCCCAAUACAAGCUGAUUUUAAAGGACAAUUUUGUGACAGCAAGUAUAAAUUCGUCUGACACAUGGAGAAGAAGUAACUCCUCUGAAGAUAUUUGUGUUUACCCUUACCAAGAGAUCUACACAAAGGAUGGGAACUCCUAUGGAAGGCCCUGUGAGUUCCCCUUCCUAGUUAAUCAGACAUGGCAUCAUGACUGCAUUCUAGAUGACACGCACACAGGUGGUGAAUGGUGUGCCACAACCUACGAUUACAUUCAGGAUGGGAAAUGGGGAAUCUGCUUAAAACCAGAGGAUGGUUGUAGUGAUAACUGGGAACACGAUCCAGGAUCUGAAAGUUGCUACCAGUUAAACACACAGUCUGCUCUUUCUUGGAAAGAAGCUUAUAUUUCCUGUCAAACGCAAGGGGGAGAUUUACUGAGCAUCACAAAUACAAAUGAAUUAAAUUAUAUACAAGCUAAAGAUGGCAUUGCAGAGAAGUUUUGGAUUGGCUUAAAUCAGCUGGAUAUUUCUGGAGGCUGGCAGUGGUCAGAUCACACACCCUUGAAUUUUCUUAACUGGAAUCCAGACAUGCAAAAUAUUUCGCCCUUGGAUGGGUCAAGUUGUGUGGCGAUGAAUGCUACCUCGGGUCAAUGGCAAAGUUAUUACUGUGAGACUGCACUUCCAUAUGUCUGCAAGAAGCCGCUUAACAAUACCAAAUCAGAAUUACCAGAUGUUUGGAGGUACUUGGAGACUCAAUGUGAUUCAGGCUGGCUUCCAUACAGUGGUUUUUGCUAUAUGCUGAUGAAUAACCAAGCUUCUUGGAAUAUGGCAGAUCAGUCGUGCAAAGCAAACAAAAGUGACCUCAUUAGCAUGCAUUCUUUAGCAGAUGUUGAGCUGAUUGUUACAAAGCUUCAUAAUGAAACUAAAGAGGAAAUAUGGACUGGUUUCAUGAAUGUGGAUACUCCAGCUUUGUUUAAAUGGUCAGAUGGGUCCAAAGUAGUUUUCACUUACUGGGAUCAGAAUGAACCAAAAAUUCCUUUUAACAGCACUCCGAAUUGUGUAUCCUAUUCAGGAAAGUUGGGUCGGUGGAGAGUCAAAUCUUGUGAAAAGAAACUGAAAUAUGUAUGCAUGAAAAAAGGAGAGAUUUUGAAUGAAACAAUCUCUGAUAAACACUGUUUCAUCAAAGAGGGAUGGCAGAGACACGGAGACUUCUGUUACAAGAUCCAUAACAAUAAAGUAUCAUUUGGAGCUCAGUGCAAUCUUACAAUAAUGAACAGGUUUGAGCAAGAAUUUAUAAAUAGUUUGAUUGGAAAAUACAGUAAAAGUGAAGACAAAUACUUCUGGACAGGAUUACAAGAUAUCAGUCGUUCGGGAAAGUAUACCUGGGGUGAUGUAGAUGGGAGAAAAAAUGCUGUGAUGUAUGCAAACUGGAAUUCCUUACAGCCAGCAUUUCCAGGAGGAUGUGUAGCAAUGUCGAGUGGGAAAUUUCUUGGAAAAUGGGACGUCAAGGAUUGUAAAACCUUUACAGCCUUGUCUAUCUGCAAGAACUAUACAGGGCCUCCCAGGCAACCAGAAGUACUUCCUAAGCCAACUGACCCUUGUCCUCCUGGAUGGAAAAAUGGAUCAGGCCUUGCCUGUUAUAAGCAUUGCUAUGGGAAGUUUCAGAGAGACCAUACUGCACCAGAAGCCCAAAGAAAAAUUCUUGCUGACUCUGGCCAAAUUCCUCCAAAAGCUCUUAGGCAAGGCACACUGGACUUAUCAACUCUACCAUCCUUUGAAAGGACCUGGGGAGAAGCAGAAAGAUUCUGUGAAGCACUAGGAGGUCAUCUUCCUAGUUUCAGUGAUAUUACAGAAAUGAAGGAGCUCCAUUCUAUACUAAGAGACAUUAUCAGUAAUGACCGAUGGGUCUGGGUAGGACUCAAUAAGAGGAAUCCAGAUUCUCUAGGAACCUGGGAAUGGAGUGAUAACAAUCCGGAAACAACUGUUCUGCUACAUGAUUUCACAAGAGAUGAUGUUAGAGAUUGUGCUGCUUUAAAGACCACUCGAAUACGACCGAGGUAUUUUUUGAGACUUUAUGAAGACAGACAAUUGGAUUUUUAUUUAAAACCUUUCCAUUGUGAUGCUAGACUGGAAUGGGUUUGCCAAAUAACAAAAGGUAUUACCCCGAAGAUACCAGACUGGUAUACACCAGAUGUAGAUGGAAAUCAUGGACCGACAUUUGUUGUUGAUGAAGCUGAAUUUUGGUUUGUGCCAGAUAAACACCUGAGCUACCAAGAAGCUGCUUUCUAUUGUGCAAAUAACGAUAGUGACUUAGCAUCUGUUGACUCUUACACAAAACUAAGGGUACUCCUAAACAAAAUAGAUCAGUUGGCCAGUGCAGAACAGAAGUGGUGGCUGAAAUACUUGGAUUACGGAGUUAACUAUCGUCCACAUUUACAGUUAUUUCCACGUUUCCAUGAUCGAUUUUGGAGGGAUUGUUGGUAUAUUUCUUCGAAAAGCUGGUAUAGAGACUAUCCAAUCAACUGCCAUUUGAAACUGCCCUUCAUAUGUGAAAAAUAUAAUGUAUCCUUAUUGGAAAAACAUGAGCCAGAAUAUCACCCACCUAAAGGAGGAUGUCCUAAAGAUUGGAUUCUGUUUCAGAACAAGUGUUUUCUAAAAAUAGAGCACCGAUUUUUAAAAUUUAAAGAUGCCAAUGAAAAAUGUGAAACUUUGGGAGGCACUCUUCCAUCAAUCUCAAGCCAAGCUGAACAAGAUUUUUUAACAUCCUUGCUUCCUGGUUUGGAACAGAAUAUUUGGAUAGGUUUGCAAUUUAAAUUCAGCACAAAGGAAAACCAAUGGGUAGAUGGCAGUAGGCUGCUGUACAGUAACUUUCACCCAUUGCUGAGAGGAAGGCUAAGGAAGGUUCCACUUGAUCUGUUUGAUGAGGACGUAAACGACCAGUGUGGUGUAAUGCUCAACAACCCCAACUCUUCGUAUGCUGGAACAUGGAAUUUCUUUCCUUGUGUUCGUGAGCAUUUUUUGGGUUUCUGCCAGAAGCAGGCAGGUCCAGCUGAUAACCAGACACAGGAAGUCCUUAAUGAAACACUGACCUAUCAAAAUGUCCAUUACACAUUAAUUCUAAAGAAUGUGUCCUGGUAUGAUGCAUUGCAAGAGUGCAAACAGAAAAACAUGCAGCUCGUUAGCAUCACAGAUCAGUACCAACAGGCUUUUCUUGCUGUGCAGGCUGCCAUUCACAAUUACCCACUGUGGAUUGGACUCUCCAGCACAGAUGAUGGAAAACAUUAUACCUGGGCAGAUGGAAAGAACGUUAAUUUUAGUCGCUGGUCUGAAGAAGACGACAAAACAAGUGAAGAAUGCGUGUUUUUGGAUGUUGAUGGAUUCUGGAAAACUUCUGAAUGUUUCUCUGAAAAUCCAGGUGCUAUUUGCUACUUGCCAAGAAAUAACACUGAAAAAAAACAAAUUGCUGAGCAAAUUAAAUGUCCACAUAAGUUUAAAAAUACACCAUGGAUAUCAUUUCAAAAUAGUUGUUACACUUUCAUGAUAACAAAGGAUAGGUGGCAAGAAAUGAAAUCACAAGAAGCCCACCAUUUAUGCAAGAAAAUAAAUCCAGAUGCAUAUGUCUUGAAUAUUAGAAAUGAGGAAGAAAAUAACUUUGUUGUUGAGCAGCUUUAUUCUUUCAGCGGCCUAGCAACAUGGGUAUGGUUGGGUGUAAUUUAUGACGACAAUGAUAAUUUGCUAAAAUGGUAUGAUGAAACUCCUCUGUUUUACAAUAACUGGAGACAGGGAAGACCUAAUGUAAAGAAGAAUCAGUUUUUUGCUGGAGUAAAUCUGGAUGGGUUUUGGGAUAUUUACAAUCGUACCCUAAGUUGGCAAGCUCUUCAAUUUAAUCAACAUAGUAUUCUUUCCUGUAAAAUUGAAAUGGGGUCCAGAGAGAGCAAACCUCCGUUGCCUAAAUCUAUAUCACAUGGAAAUAGCACAUACAGGAUCCUUCAGAAGAAAAUAACCUGGUAUCAAGCAUUAAGAGAAUGCAAACAGAAUGGAAGUGAUUUAGUCAGCAUUCACAGUGAAUCACAACAGCUGUUUUUGGAAGAUAUUGUAAAGCGUGAUGGAUAUCCUCUGUGGCUUGGGCUAUCAAGCCAUGGUGGAAAUGAAUCUGAUUUAGAAUGGUCUGAUGGAAGUGAAUUUGACUACCGUCCCUGGGAGCUAGAAAACGCUGUAUCUUCUGAAACCUGUGUUGUUCUGGAUACAAAAGGAUUUUGGAAACAUGCAAGGUGCACUAAUGUUGUUGAAGGUGCCAUUUGCUAUACUACUUCAGACCACAGACGAUUACAACCACAGCAAACCAAAGGCUCCUCCAGGUGUCCACAGGGUACUGGAACAUCACAGUGGUUGCAGUAUAAAGAUCAUUGCUAUGCAUUUGACAUGGCAUUAUACAAUUUUUCAGUAUAUACUGCAGAAGAGGCUGAAAGAGUCUGCCAGAAGCUGGAGCCUUCUGCAACACUUUUGACUAUAAAGGAUGCUGAAGAGAAUACAUUUGUCAGCAGGCAAAUAAGGCAAAAUGACCUCAUAACCAGAAGAGUUUGGCUUGGGUUGUCUCAAAAUUUAAGAGGUAAUAGGGACCCACCUCACUGGAUGGCAUCUAGAGUUCUUUUUAGAAAUGUGAAGAAAUAA